AUAAUAUUAAAUGAUUAUUUUAACAUUGAAUUUAUUAUUGCUGUUAGAAUUGCUCUAAAUUUAUAAGAAAAAAAAAACGGUUUAGCUGAUAGUAUUUUGGUCUAGUUGAUACCGGUCUGGUUACAUAUCUAACUUGAUGAAGAAUCGGGUUUAGCUGAUACUGGUUUAUUGAAUCGGUCUCUCGAUUAAAAAUCCCUUUUCUUUUAAUCGUCUUCAAAGUUUCUGAGUUUUCGAUACCUUCUUGGAAAAUACAAUAUUCCUCCAGGGGUCGUGGAAAAGAAAAUGGCAGGUGAAGAUUUCAUAUACAGAAUCAGCACGGAUCAAGAGUGGCAAGAGUUUCAGAAGAAUGGAUCUUCUUUUGGUGGAGAGCUCGACAAGUCAACUGGUUGCUUUCAUCUCAGCAAACUCAAUCAGGUGCAAAUGACGUUGCAGAACUUCUUCUUGAAUGCAAAGGAGGAUCUUUACCUUCUUCAAGUCGACCCUAACAAGCUUGGAGAUGGAUUGAUCUAUGAAGCUGUGGAUAAUGUGAAUAGCUUCCCUCACUUCUACGGUCCAGACAGAACCUUUGUUCCACUUCCUCUAGAUUCUGUCGUCAAAGCUGAGAAGCUAACACUCACCAAUGGCAAUUUCACUUGCAGCUUCUUCACUUAAUAGAUCUCUUAACUCUAUAUAUAUAAUCACUUCACUGUUUUUAUGUAUUGCAUUGUAACAAUUUAAAAUUCACCAAACAAAAAACAAGGGGAAAGUAUUAAUAUUAUUAUUAUUACAAUGCAAGAUUAAGAUCUAAAACAUUCUCUUCUCUUGUCGUCUCCUUCUCUGUUUCUUCUUCUACUUCUUGUUUCUCCUUCUCAGUGGUGGAGACAAUUGAGUUUGAUGGCUCUAAGUUUAAGUCUAUACAGUGAGAGAAAUCCUCGGCACGGAAGACAGGAGUAGCAAUGCCGGAUUUAUCUCCGUUGUCGGAUCUCUUGGUCGGAUUCGGAGCAGUUUCGCCGGAAUCUUCGAUUAACUCUUGUCGUCUUCGUUUCCUGGCCUCCUGGUAGUUUCUUAUGAGAUUGAAGAACAUCUCCAUCUUCUUGUCUUCGUCUUCUUCAGGGACAUCGAUCUCGUUGUUGAUUCUCUUGCUCUCUUCUGUCUCUUUGUUC